UCGGCGCCACUCUUAUCGGCAAAGCGGUCAUCAAAAUGCAUAUCCAAAAGCUGUUUGUAAUCGUGGCCUUCAAUGAGAAUUAUGUCGAUCUGUUUGUCCAGAAGAGCCGGAGUAUACCAUACGUCGGCCAAUACCUUCACGAGCCGUUGCGCGAGUUUUUGGCCAAACAAAAGGCCAGUCUUCACAGGGGAUCGGCUAAACAUACCGUCAAAGAGAGCUCAUGGCUGUCGACGAUCUUUGAAUGGGUGGUGAUCUCAAUGUUGGUGUACUUCGCGGUCUCUAUUGUCAACUCAAUGGCUCAAAACAACCAAAAACGGCGCCUAAAAGAGGCCCAACACUCGGCGCCCGAGUCCGGGGCCCCACUCCUGGCCGGCAGUAGUGAUAGAAAUACUGCCAAACAUUUAAAGUCUAAAUAA